UACGCGCUGCUGCCAGCUGCAAAUUGUAUAAUGGAGCGCCAUGUGGAUAAUUGGGUCGGCGGGGGCGCGGCAUCGCAUGGAGGCCAGGACGUGGCCUGUGUAACGCUGCACCACGUUGCCGCGCCUGCUCGCUCCCCGCGAUUCUACAUCUCGGAGGAUCGGCUGUACUACACGGCCAAUGAGAAGAACGCCACGCGCGUGCGCUACAUCUGCCUGGACCGCGUGCCGGUGCGCCCGUUGCCGCACAGCCGCACACCGCGGAAGGGCUUGGUCGGCACCGUGCCCGACAUCGGCAUUGCGCUGGUUGACCCGCACAACAUGAAGCAGAAGCCCGGCUUCCCCAGCCCCGCCAAGUCGCCACGCGGGAACGCCACGCUGGGAAAGAGCAGCGUCAUCGGCCUGGUGUCGGGCUCGCACACCUACUUCCUGGCGGCAGGCUCGCACGAGGAGGCCAAGAUCUGGCUCAAGAUGCUGCGCGAGACGUGGUACCACUGCUUCAAGCACACGCUGCGCGCGAGCAACGUGCGCGACAACCAGGGGCUCCACCUGGCCUCCAAGGUGAUGGCGGAGAACAUCACGCUGCGCGAGAGCGUGCGCGACCUCACCUCCAAGGCGCAGGGACUCGACAGCGAGUACUGGAGGCAGUGGCUGGAGGAGAAGGCGCGCAACCGCUUCCUGGAGCAGCGCCACGCCGAGGCGGGGAUUUACGAGAUCGAGGUCAAGACCGGCCGCAUGAAGGGCGCCUCCUCGGACGCGCGUGUGUACGUGGAGCUGUACAGCGCGCACGAGGAGGACGUGUCUACCGGCGAGCUGCGGCUGCUGGACAAGGACGUGCUGACCAAGCCCUUUGGCCGCGACGCCCUGGACCUAUUUAUCAUCCCCUGCAAGAACGUGGGCAUGCCCAACCACAUCAAGGUGUGGCACGACAACACCGGCAAGCGGCCGGACUGGUUCCUGGAGUGGAUCCGCAUCCGCAAGAAGGGCGCCAUCAACUGGACCGUCUUCCCCUGCCAGCGCUGGUUCUCCACGCAGCUGGACGACUGCCGCAUCAGCCGCAUCCUGUUCGCAGGCCACGCCACGCCCUACAUCCAGUACAAGGUGACAACCUUGACCUCAGACAUUCGUGGCGCGGGCACGGACGCCAACGUGCACUUCGUCAUGCACGGCACGCUGGGUGACGGCACGCGGCACAUCCUGUCCAGCGGCCAGGACGACUUCGAGCGCGGCAUGGUGAACGAGUUCCUCAUUGAGGACGAGGAGCUGGGCGACCUGCUGGAGGUGACGAUCGGGCACGACAACACCGGCAACGGCCCCAGCUGGCACUUGGACCACCUCACAGUGACCAACCUCAAGACCGGCGCCAUCUACCUGUUCCCCUGCCGCAUGUGGUUCGACUCGCGCAUCGGUGACGGCGCGCUGGAGCGUACAUUGGAGGUUGGCGACUCGCUGCUCAAGAUCACGCCCUACCAUUUCUACGUCACCACCUCAGAAAUCCGCGGCGCGGGCACAGACGCCGACGUGUUCGUGGUGCUGCAUGGCGAGUUCGGAGACACGCCCUCCACCAUCCUGCCGUCACAGCUGGAGCACUUUGAGCGCGGCCAGACCGACCACUUCAGGCUGGAACUGCCGCACGUGGGCAAGCUGCGCGCCAUGACCAUCGGCCACAACAACAAGGGCGAGGGGCCGGACUGGCACCUGCUCAUGGUGGAGGUGCGCGAGGAGCUGGACGGCACGGACGGCGAGCUGGGGCCCAUCACGCGCUUCGUGUGCAACAAGUGGAUCGGGCUGGGCCACCCCGACCCCGACAGCGGCUCGGAGGAGGGCGUGCUGCAGCGCACGCUCAAGCCCGGCGGCGAGGACCCCCGCCUGGAGAUGACGGACUACCGGCUCGAGUUCCACACCAGCUCCCUGCGCGGAGCCGGCACCGACGCCACCGUCAGCUUCAACAUGACUGGCGAGCGCGGCGAGAGCGGGCCGGUGCGUGUGGACGCGCCGCUGGAGGCUUUUGAACGCGGCUGCAUCGACGCCUUCACCUUCCGGCUGCGGCGGCUGGGCAAGCUGCGGCGCAUGCUGCUGUCGCACGACAACACCGGGAAGAACCCUGCCUGGCACCUGCUCAAGGUGGUUGUCACCAGCACGCACCCCGAGGAGCCCGAGGUGACGACCUUCAUCUGCAACCAGUGGCUCCAGGACCCUGACCGCGCCGUGCAUCCGGUCGUGGAGCUGCUGCCGGGCGGCGAGCUGCCCGUCACCUUGCACUACAAGGUGGAGGUGGUCACGUCAGACAUCAAGGGCGCCGGCACCGAGUCCAAGGUAUUCCUGGAGCUGCGCGGCGUGGGCGGCAAACUGGGCCCCGUGCACCUGGACAACCCCAGCGCCUUCGAGCGCGGCGCCGCCGACACCUUCAUCCUGGACGGCCCGGACCUGGGCGAGCUGCUGGUGGCGGUGGUCACCUGCGACGGCAGCGGCAUGCGGCCGCUGUGGCACCUGGACAGCAUCACCGUGUGGCGUGACCCGUCCUUCACAGACCCAGAGACGGGCGUGUACUUCCCGUGCAGACAGUGGUUUGACAAGGACGCGGGCUGGGUGAAGGAGCUGCUGCCGAGCCGCCGGACGCUGGACGUGGUCAAGAUCCCCUACACACUCAAGGUGUACACGGGCGACCUGAAGAACGCGGGCACGGACGCCGGCAUCCACAUCAACCUCAUCGGCGAGCGCGGCGAGACCGGCUACGUGCCGCUGCUGGCCAACUACGACACCUUUGAGCGCGGACAGGUGGACACGUUCGAGCUGCUGCUGCUGGACGUAGGCCGCCCGCUGUUCCUGCUGGUGCGCAGCGACGGCCUCAGCCGAAAGCCCACCUGGUACAUGGACUUUGCGGAGCUCACCAAUGCCAUGAUCCCGCCCACCUUCUUCGUGGCAGGCCUGUGGGUGGGCCCCGAGACGGGCCUGGAGAUCCGCAUCCCCGCCAGCUACAUGGACCCCCGUGUGGACCGGGCCGAGUACCUGGUGCAGGUGUUCACCUCGGACGUCAAGAACGCGGGCACGGACGCCGGCAUAUGGAUUGAGGUCAUCGGCGACAAGCUCACUAGCGGGCGUCAGGCUCUGCUGGACAGCAGCAAGGACACGUUUGAGCGCGCGCAGGUGGACGACUUCAAGGUGCAGUGCCGCAACCUGGGGCCGCUCAAGGCGGUGCGCGUGUGGCACGACGGCAAGGGCACGCCGUGGCACCUGGACAUGAUCGUCAUCACGCUGGCCACGGGCGAGAAGUACUACUUCCCCUACGCCAACUGGCUGGGCCAGGAGACGCCCACGGUGGAGAUCCCCGCCUCGCUGCAGGACCCCACUGCCGACCGCCGCGUCUACAAGGUGGUUGUGCGCACGUCGGAUCUGCCUGGCGCCGGCACCGACGCCAACGUGUACCUGGAGAUGCGCGGCACGCGAGCCAACCUGCCGCGCCACUUCCUGCGCAACAAGGCAGUCAACCUCUUUGAGCGGGGCCAGGUGGACGAGUUUGAGAUCAAGGCCCCCGACCUGGGUGCGCUGACGGAGAUCACCAUCGGCCACGACAACGCCGGCUACGGCCCCAACUGGCACCUGGAGCAGGUGGAGAUCACAGACACCAAGAUCAACCAGACGUGGUACUUCGAGUGCAACAAGUGGUUCGACGCCAAGGAGGGCGACUGCAAGCUGGAGCGGGUGCUGUUCCCAUCGCUGCAGAACCCGCGCAGCCAGCGCACACUGUACAAGGUGCGCGUCAAGACCAGCGACCGCUCCGGCGCCGGCACCGACGCCAACGUGUACGUCGACAUCCGCGGCGACUCUGCCAGCACGGGCAAGACGUUCCUCAAGAACCGCAACCUCAACAAUUUCGAGCGCGGCAACAGCGACGACUUUGAGAUCACGUGCCGGCCGCUGGGGCGGCUGACGGAGCUGCUGGUGGGGCACGACAACAGCGGCAUGGGCGCGUCCUGGCACCUGGAGCACGUGGAGGUGUACGACAGCACCACAGGCGUGACCUGGUACUUCGAGUGCAACGCCUGGCUGAGCGCCACGGAGGAGGACUGCCGGCUGGAGCGGGUGCUGCCCGCCUCGCUGGACGACCCCGCAAAGAAGAAGACGCAGUACAAGGUGGUUGUGGUCACCAGCGACAAGAUGGGCGCGGGCACGGACGCCAACGUGUUUAUCGACAUCUUCGGCAUGGACGGCACGCACACCGGCCGCAUGCUACUCAACAACAAAGGCAACGACUUUGAGCGCGGCCAGACAGACACGUACCAGAUUGCUGGUCGCGACGUGGGGCCGAUGAAGAAGAUCCGCAUCGGCCACGACAACAGCGGGCUGGGCCCCGCAUGGCACCUGAACCGUGUGGAGGUGACCAACCUCAAAACCGGCGAGCACCGCAUCUUCCCCGCAAACAAGUGGUUCUCCAAGACCGACGACGACUACCAGAUCGAGCGCGACCUGUUCCCGGGCGACGCGCCCGACCUCAACGUGGAGUACGAGGUGGUGGUCAUCACCUCCAACAUACCCGGGGCCGGCACGGACGCCAACGUGUUCGUGCAGAUGUUCGGCACCGAAGGCGAGGCGGGCCCGCUGCGGCUGGACAACCCCAAGAACAACUUCGAGGCGGGCGACACGGACGUGUUCAACAUCAAGGCGCCGGACGUGGGCGACCUCAAGAAGCUGCGCCUCUACCACGACAACAAGGGCCUGGGCGCGGCCUGGCACUGCGAGAUCGUCAUCAUCACCAACAAGGAGCGGCGGCGCACGUGGUACUUCUACUGCGGCCAGUGGCUGGACAAGCGCACGGGCGUGGAGAAGAUCCUGUUUGCCAGCGACACCGACCCGCGCGCCCACCUGGUCACCUACAGCGUCACGGUGCACACCAGCGACAUCAAGGGCGCGGGCACGGACGCCAACGUGUGCUUGGAGAUGUUUGGCGCCAAGGGCAGCAGCGGCGUGCGCGAGCUCACGGGCAAAGGCAACCUGUUUGAGCAGGGCAAGUCGGACAAGUUCAUCUUCAAGAUGGCGGACCUGGGCGACCUGUCGGAGCUGGAGAUCUGGCACGACGGCAAGGGCUUCGGCGCGGGCUGGCACCUGGACUUUGUGGAGGUGCACAGCAGCGCCACCGGCAAGGUGUACUACUUCCCUUGCGGCCGCUGGCUGGCGGAGGACGAGGACGACGGCGCUAUCCGGCGGCGGCUGCAGGUUUCGCACAAGGACCCGCGCACCUUCAAGGCGCAGUACCGCGUCAGCGUCACCACCUCCGACAUCCGCGGCGCCGGCACGGACGCCAACGUGUUCAUCCAGCUGUACGGCGACGCGGGCGAGACGGCGCGCAUUAAGCUGGACAACCCCGGGAAGAACGACUUCGAGCGUGGCUGCACGGACGUGUUCCUGUUUGAGGACCGCAACGUGGGCGGCAUCAAGAAGAUCCGCAUCGGGCACGACGGCGCGGGGCUGGGCUCGGGCUGGCACCUGCAGCGGGUGGUUGUGGAGAACCUCACCACCGGGCAGGUGGUGGUGUUCGACGUCAACAGGUGGUUCGACAAGGGCGAGGACGACGGCGCGAUCGAGCGCGAGCUGUUCCCCACCUCGGGCGGCGGCGACGGCUCCAGCACCAACUGGCGCCUGGUGGUGGUCACAGCCAACGUCAGCGGCGCCGGCACGGACGCUGACGUGUACGUGCAGCUCAACGGCGACAAGGCCAGCUUCGGGCCCUACACGCUGCCGGCGUCCAAGGAGGCCUUUGAGACCGGCUCCACGGACACCUUCAGCCUCACCACACCCGAGCUGGGCCGCAUCCAGACGCUCACCAUCGGGCACAACAACAAGGGCUUUGGGGCGGCCUGGUGCUUGUCGCGUGUGGAGCUGGAGAACAUGAACACGGGCGAGCGCUACCUGUGGAACUUCGACAACGCCUGGCUGGACACGGAGCACGGCACCAGCCGCACCAUGGCGCCCACCACCUACAUGCAGGGCUCUGGCGGCAAGGACAUGAUGCCUGCCGCGGGCGAGGGCCGCGCCAACUACCGCAUGGAGCUGGCCACGGGGCUGGGGCCGGACGGCGCCAUGGUGGACGGACAGGUCAUGGUCAACAUCAUCGGAGUCAACGCCGAGACGGGCCGUCAGCUGCUGGAGAACCCGGUGCAGGGCUUCCAGCCGGGGCGUGUGGAGGAGUUUGGUCUGGCGGACCUGGCCGAGGUGGGCGGCAUGACGCAGCUGGAGCUGGUGCACGCAGGCAGCGCGCCCUGGGCGGUGCGCUUCGUCAAGGUGCACAACGAGACCAGCGGCGAGAAGGCCGUGUUCGUGCCAGAGGGUCCGCUGCUGCCGGGCAUGCCGCUGCUGCUGUCGCUGUGGAUCGCCUCGCCCUGCGACUACCGCGUGGAGGUGCAGACCGGCGACACCUUUGGCGCCGGCACCAACGCCAAGAUCAUGAUCAACGUGUUCGGCGAGCUGGGGUCCACGGGCCGCGUGCAGCUGACCUACGACAGCAGCGCGGCGGAGGGCAAGCGCGGCGGCAUCUGUGGUGACGUGUGCGCCACGCAGCCGUUCAAGCGCAACCAGCUGGAUGUGUUCAUGCUGGGGGGUCUGCAAGACACGGGCGACAUUAAGCAGAUCGAGAUCGGGCACGACGACGCGGGCGCGGGGUCAGCCUGGUUCCUGUCCUGGGUGCGUGUGACCAACCUGACCACGGGUGCGUCCGCCUACUUCCUGUCGGACUCAUGGCUGGCCAAGAACAAGGGAGACGGAUUCACCAAGCGCCUGCUCACAGCCAUGACGUCCACGGGGCCGCAGAUGGCCAACACGGGCAUGCUGGCGGACGGCACUGCCACCGCGCACGUCAGCGUGUCGCCGCGCGACCCGCGCGACACCGCCUUCGCCUCCUCCGCGCUGGCCCGCAAGCUGGCGGGCGGCGUGGGCGCGCCCGGCUACCGAGUGACGCUGCACACCAGCAACGUGUGCAUGGCGGGCACCGGCGCGGGCGUGUUCUUCGAGCUCAUUGGCGAGUACGGCUCGUCAGGCACGGUGAUGGUGCAGGCCAACCCCAACCAGUUUAGCCGCGGCGCCUCCGACACCUUCAUCUACCCGCGCCUGCCCUUCCUGGGCGAGCUGCUGCAGAUGCGCGUGGGCACCAGCGGGGCGGGCGUGUUCGCCACGUGGCACCUGCGGCAGGUGGAGGUGGUGCACCUGGCCAGCAACACACGGUUCGUGUUCAACUGCCACAACUGGAUCGACAAGAAGGUCAACUGGCAGCGGGUGCUGGUAGCCAACCUGGCGCCAAUGGGGUACUGAUGUGGGGGGGGGGAUGGGGUUGUUGUUGGUGGGUAGGGAAGGAGGAGGAUGGGAAGGAGGGGUUGGGGGUUGAUGUGGCGCUCGUGCGCGAUGGUGGCGGUGGCGCCUGGCGAUGCCUCCUCGGUGGUUGGGUGGGUGGGCUGGGUGAGCUGUGAUGCAUGCCGCAACACACGCCAAGCACAGACGCGACACGGCGACCAGGCAUUGAUGCAUGCAUGGACUGUUGAUCACACGCGCUUGCUUUUUGCGAUUGUGAUCCAGAGUGAUCCUUUGUGACUCAGGACCUUUGUGACCCAGGACCCCAAUUGUUGUUUGGGUGUGGACGCUGUAUUCAUCAUCACAGACAUGUCAGGGGAUGUGCAACAUCCUGGACGACCUGUACAAUCACUAUGACACGCAGUUGGCGACUGAGACCAUGAUGACACCAGGAAUGGCUGUGUGUGACCGCUUGGACGGGGGUGGAUGGGAUGGACGCUGGAGGCCGCAGCUCCUGUGCCGACCUCGCUGACCAUCCACGCCCAUACUUUGCUAAGUGCUUGCAUAACAACACACCUUCAUUGUUACGGUUGGCUUGUAGGUUUUGAGCGCGCUGCGUCUGUGCCAGUCUGUGACGAGAAGUAGGGUUUUUUCCCGCCCCAACGGUUUUUCUGUAACGCGCUUUGCGA